AUGAGCAUCCCAACUAAUUUCAAGGAAUGUGGGGUUGUUUCAAGAGCGAACAAGAUUACAAAUAAAGCUCAGAUUCAGUUCUCUCACAAUGAUGAUGACAAUGCCAAUCAACUGUCUUCUUUAAUUGAUCACGGAGGGUUGUUAGAAGACACAGGGUGCAAUAAGAGCUCGCUCCCACCUUUGGUAUCUCAAAGUGAAUCCCAUGACAAAAUGAUAAUCUGGGUCUCUGAGCAGCAGUGUCCACAACCUGGACUCAGAGAGAUUGAGCUCAUGGAGUGUCCUGACAUACAUACAUUCGUGAGAAACCCAAAUGAAGAAGAUGACGACGAUGGAGGAAGCAUGAAAGAAGGAAAAGACGAGGGUCCAAUGUCAAUAUCCUCCAGUUCAACUGCAAGCUCUAUUUCAAUUGGGGUGAGGAGGAAUGACAACGACAGCAACAAAGUGGAGAGCAGAACUCCGAUAGACAAAGAGGAGUGGAGAAAGAAUAGCUGUUAUGGUGCAGAGGAAGACACAUUAACAGAGGAAGAGAACACCAAAAUAGGUAGAGGAGUGCUGAAGCAGUCAAAGUCAGAAACAAAUGUCUUUGUCUCCAAUCUAUCCACAAUGAAUCUUAGUGGAAGUCUGUCUAGCGGCCUGAAUUCGAAGGGAGAUACUUUUGUCUCUCCAACCAACAUUUGUUAUCCCAACAACACUACCUCAGCCCAAGCUGUAAGAAGGGCAGCUGCUGUACAUAACAACCCUCAACCAUUAUAUUAUCAGGAGAAACAACGCCACAGUCAGGAUGACAGAGAGGACGCGAGAAGCCAGUGCAAAAAUGGAUCAUCCUCUGAUGGUGGUCUUGGACAUAGAAGAACUGGGUUUGAGGAACGGGUAAUACCAUUAAGGCGGCAACAGCUUGUCAGACCCCUGUGUCAGACAGAGAUGGGAAGAGCGCAAAAUUUAGCAGAGUGGAGUGGUCAAAGUGCUGAAGUUGAACAACCAGCCUCUGACAAUCGCACAACAGUUUCACCGAGUCACUCUCACAAUGGGUCAAACAAAAAGCUUAUAAAAUCAUCUUUGCGCGAACCAUCUGAUUUUUCACACUUGUACAACACAUAUGGAGUCUUCCAAUCCAGAGAGCCCAACCAGGCAGCCAAAAAAGAGGUUUUAUUAGCAGAAAAACAGCCAGGUUUAAUUACAAAGUCAAUUUCAAAUACCCCCAAAGCUUCCACUACAGAGAAGCGACCCCAGAAUCACUUCCCCUACAGAAGUAAUUGCUCCAGUCCCAAAAGGACAUUUACACCUCCCCAGUCUCUCCUCAGGACACCCCGGGGCUCACCAAACAGGCAGGCCUCAACGUACCUCACCUCGAAGGAUACACGGAGAGGAGCUCAAGACAGCCAGUCCGGAGGAAGCUCUGAUGUCAAAACAUCAGCUCAGGAGCAUAACAGCGCUGGCAUGAAAGCAUCAGUAAAAACCAACAUAAAACCGACUGGAAUACCCAAAGCGCCUCUCAACAACCAGCAAAGCACCCCCAACUCAAGCCAUAACUCAAGCCCCAAAGAGAGCUCUCCUUCACCGAAAGUUAAACCUAAAGGAGUACGCCCAAAAAUCAUCACUUAUGUUCGGAAAAAUCCUCAGUUCAAACCUCAGGCUGCUGACGGACCUUAUCAGGUAUCUUCUUUACCAGCAAGGUUGUCCACAUACAUCCACGGUGCAGGUACAACACCUAGUUCCUACAAAGAUACUCCUAUAGACUCCUUAAAGUCUGAAAAAGAAACCAGAAGAGCACCAGUACUCAGUGCAACCAACUUGCUUUACGGCAAGUACCACAAAGACAUGCAAACAAACAUCCUUCCAACAGGACUAUUGAGCAGGAGUAUCAGGGUUCCGGGAAAUACAAACACAAUCCCUCCUACACAUACCCACGGUUAUACAGCACCCCCAAAGCUGAGUAAUAAAACGGAAGACUUCUAUGGACCACAGUUAGAGGUUGGGAGCUCCGCCGAGGCUCCAUUACAGCUUCGGAUUGCUGUUCAGACCGGAGGGACCAGCAGUCUCUUGCGCUCUGGCAGAGGUCUACGGUUAGGCCUGGGCGCUGUGACCAGGACAGCUUCAGGUCCAGUCAAGGGCAAAGGACCUGGUCAAAGUCAGAUGUCAACAAUCAGCCAACCAAUCCAACAAGUCUGCCCAACAGCCAGCCAGAAAAGCCAUGAUAGCCCAGCUGAUGAUGAGGUUUUCACUCAUCAUGCUCCUGAGGCUCAAGCAUCAGCACAUGCACAGACCAUGACCUCCAGGUCCCUGGUUCCCAAAGCAAGCCAUUCAGGCCUUCGCGCCCCUGGGUUCAGCACCAACCGUUUCCCCGUGGGCCGCCUGGCAGCGUUUGGCUUCGUCAGGAGUUCUAGCGUGUCCUCUGUUUCCUCUGCACACUCUGCCGACAGCACACAGAAUGACUCGACCAGGAUCGCUCACCGUCUGAGUGUGGGCGAAGAGCCGUCUGUACACAGGAAGACCGCUGGCUCACCAACAAAGGAUCACAAGAGAGGUGCGCCAUGUCGCAGCAACAGCCUUCAGCCACCAUCCACACCAGCACUGCCGCGCCGAUACCUGCCUGCCCAACCAAAAAGCUCCCCUGGGGUUGGCAGGAAGGAGUUCCAGCGGAGUUCUGAGGUAACACGGUCCCUCCCGUCCUCCCCAAAGAGGCUGGCAGUUGUUCCACCCAAACCUCAGUCACCAGUCCACUCAGGCCAGCGACCUGCAGGAGGGCCACCUCGGGCAUCAGUGCCACCUGGGUCCCCUCGUUUUGUGCCCCCCUCGAGGCUGCAGCAAGAGGAGGAUGAUCAGCAGAGUGAAGAAGAAAGGAAAGCAAAGGAGAAAAAGACCGAGGAGCAACGUGAGGAGAUGGAGAGGCUGCGUGGACGCUGUGAACAGCAAGAAAAGCAACUGAAAGCUCUUAAAGAAAAACUGAGGAAGACCUAUUUGGGUUUAGAAGCCUUCAUUGUCACCACUCAGCAUUACUGCCUCAAGAAUGAAACCACAGAAGCGAAUGAACUACAAUUAUUCCAGGAAAUACAAACGAUCAAAGAGCAACUGGUUUCCAACUCUGCAAACUGGGAGAGACUCAAGCUGGAAAAGUCUGCAGUGGAAUCAGGAUUUGAACGUCAGCUGCAGGAGCUGCAGGUGCAGCAGGAAUCUGAGCUGUCCGCAAUGGAGGAGAACCUGCUGAAGUGCCACUCUGUCGAGAUGGAACACCUGAAGGCGGAGCAUCAGUCCGAUUUGGAAGAGCUUAGGACCCAGCAGCAGGAGCAGGCGGAGGAGAUGACAGCUCACCACCAGGCAGCCAUUCAGGAGCUCAGAGACAUGCAUAAUAUCACCAUGGCGACACUGCAUGAGGAGCAUGCCCGGACCAUGAGAGAUUUAAGGAAAGCUCACGAGCAACAGAAAAUGCUUCUUGAGGAGGACUUUGAGAAACUAAGGCUUUCACUUCAGGAUCAAGUGGACACGCUCACAUUUCAAAACCGCAGUCUGCAGGACAAAGCCCAGCGCUUUGAAGAAGCUUUGAGAAAGAGCACUGACGAACAAAUAGUUGAUGCCUUAGCUCCGUACCAGCAUAUUGAGAAGGAUCUGAAGAGCUUAAAGGAGGUUGUGGAAAUGAAGAACCAGCAAAUACACCAGCAAGAGCAGAAGAUCUCAGAUCUGGAGAAAGUGGCUCAAAAGAACGUGUUCCUGGAGGAGAAGGUUCAGGUUCUGCAGCAACAAAAUGAAGAUCUGAAAGCUCGGAUUGAAAGAAACCUCACCUUAUCCAGGCAACUGUCAGAGGAGAACGCCAACCUACAGGAAUCUGUCGAGAAGGAAAGCACGGAGAAGAAACGACUCAGUCGGAACAACGAGGAGCUGCUGUGGCGUCUCCAGACCAGCCCUCUGAUGUCUCCCUCAUCCUCCCCCCUCCACCGCUCCUUCCCUACCUCCCCCAUCCCAUCAUCCCCAUUGUUCUCACCCUCACCUGCUCCUUCACUGGGAUGCCACUCCCCCACCCACUGCCAAGGCUGCCCCCAGCUACAUGGAAAUUACCCACAGUCCGCAUCCCCUUUCCACACAGCCAAUCAGAAUUACUCCCCUGGCCCGGCCACACCCACCCACAGGGUAGCGACCAAUCAGAAUUACUCCCCGGGCCCUGCUACACCCACUCAUAGGGUAACAGCCAAUCGUAAUUCGGCAGCUUGUCUCGCUUUACAGAGAUAGAAAUUUUAAAACCCUAAAUUUUUCUUUAUAUUAAAAAAUACAUUUCUUCUCAAAACUACACUCUCCUUGACCCUUACUGAAUGUGAAAUGUAUUAAGUUGUGUCCAGAAUGACACAUCAAAGUCUUAAACUUGUGUUUUGAGUCUGACUGCUGGCCAUUUUGUUCACAUGUAGGUAAUUUUUACCAAAACAUGCAGGAUGACUCGGCUCACUCUUGAAAUGGUUGUUGCAUAUAUUAUGGAUGAUAGUGACACAAAUCGCGUCAGCAUGAAUUCCUUAAGAGUCCCACAGUCAGGAAGCAGCACACAAGAACAAAAUCCUCAUGCGUUUACAACAGAAACGUAUUCAAUUAAAUGUUACACACUCCCACUGGGAUGAGUUUGGCAGUUGUUUUACAAUACUAAAAUCGCCAACAAAGCGCCUUACUUCUGCCAUUUCACCAGCAAAGGUCAAUCAAUUUGUAUUCAAUAUUUGUCAUUUUUAAUUGGUUUUAAGGAAAUAUUUUGCUCUGGUAUAGUAAUGUUUACCUUCACUGUAGUUAUGCAACUUUGGUGGCAUAUUUUCCCAAAUAUUUCUGUCCAAUUCCGAUUAAAUUAUAUAACCUCAGGGGCAUAUGAUGAUAGAGGUUCCAAUGUAUAUACUACCUUUGCACACAAUUAUUUCUACUGAUAGUAUGUUAACAAACAAUGACGUCUACAUUGUCAUUGUACAAAAAAAAUGAUGACCAAUUAGCAACUAACGUUUUCAUAUUUCAGGCCAUACUGAAAAUGUCCUACAGGUUUUUAUUUUAAAGGAUGCCACACCAGGACUUACUAUUUUGUGUGCAUUCUUGUAAGGACUCUGCAAGAACAUAGCAACUGUUUAAUAUUCCAUACAGUUUUUAAACUAAAUCCAGAAAAGAACUGCAAAAUGCCCACAUCAGAGCCAUAACAGCAGAUACAGCAACACGGUAUCUCGAAACAAGCUUUCAACAAAACAGGACAGUCAAGGUGUGCAUAAGAGGUUAAAUUUCACACUAAUGUCAAUUCUCUACACCUCUGAUGUCAUUCGGCCUCCGUUAUGGCUCUGAUACUACCUCUAAAGGGAGAUAAUUGCCGGAUUGACUUAAGGCUUCUUCAUACUCAUGCGAGAGGCAACCGCGCUGAUGUCACUGCGACUGUCCCGCGCCCAGUUUGUCUUUUAUAUUCGAGCGCAACCAACACACUCAGUUUUCGAAUUGUUCUGCAGCUCUCCUCAAAAUCGGGCUCUCACUCCAGUUGGUUGGCCUAGGACACCACAGGGUGGAGUUUUCUCUGCAUUUCCGAUAGCCGUUUUCAA